CAGUCCCGCGUAUAUGAGCUCGCCAAGUAUCAAGUAGACUGGCAUGUUAUGCCUUUAGUCGCUCACUGUCAAGCAGAAUGGAGACAUUGCUGUCGAGAUCAGAGAUUCCUAUAAUCGACCUCGCUCACCUAGGUAGCGUAGAGAAACCAACUCGUAGCAACUUGAAGAAGGUUGCCGCUCAGCUGCAUCGAUCACUGGCACAAAAAGGAAUUGCUUUCCUUGUUAAUCAUGGUAUUCCAAACAAUAGGCUGGAAGCAGCAUAUUCAGCAAUGGAUCGAUUCUGUGAGCUACCAAGAAAUACAAGGGAGCUGUACUUGAGACAUCCACCUAGCAACCAUGGAUAUGUACCUCCAGGAGUUGAAAGGUUCUCAAAGGAACCAGCUGAUGAAGCACGCCACACUUUCAAUGUUCUCUGGUUAGACAGAGGGCUACCAGAAUCUGAAGUACCAGGAUUCCGUGCCAUUGUUACAUCUGUAGCAUACGACUUUCAAAGGGUGGCUUCAUUAUUGUUACGCGUUCUAGCUGCUGGUUUUGAGCUUCCAACAGAUUAUCUUCUUGACAUGCACCGUGGAAUGCUGGGAGAAGACAAUGAAACAUGUGUCCGAUUACUCUACUAUCCUCCUUGGACACCAGAAAUAGAUGAGGCAGCAAUACGCUGUGGAGAACAUACUGAUUAUGGCUCAUUCACUCUGUUGGCCCAAGACUCAGAAGGGGGCCUAGAGGUGAAAACAGCUGCAGGUGAAUGGGCACGUGUUGGCUUCUUACCAGGAGCAUUAAUUAUCAACACUGGAGAGCUGUUAUCCUUUUGGACUAAAGGAGAGUACACUGCAAUUCCACAUCGUGUUGUGAUGCCUGAUCAAGCAUCAGUGCGGAGCCGAGCGCGCCACGCUGUGGUCUUCUUUGUGCACCCAGAUAACAGCACUCCCCUCACUCCGUUGCCGAGCCACGUACAGCCGACAAACAAACCAUCACCGAUACUUCCAGGGUCUGUCCAGACGGCCUACCAGUACCUACAGAUGCGUUUUGGUGAUACUUAUGCAUGACAAAUAACAAAUAUUUGAGUUCUGCUCUCUUCAAAUCAUUCUGCAUGAAGCCAAAUGACUGUGAAAUUCAUAACUUAUGACACCCUUUGCAAAUCAGUCAAUGAAACUUUACAAAUCAUGAAAUAUUUAUGGUGCUUUCAUAAUGAAAUCAAAGGCACUGAGACACAUUUCAUUAUUAUAAUAAUUAUUAUUUAAAAGAUAAUGAUUCAGGAGGCAUAGUUGAAGUUAUAUGCGAAACCUUGAGAACCACUGACUUCCAGAGAAAUGCACUGUGAUGAUAUCAUAUCUCAUAUGUAAGCUUCUGACUGAUUUAUGCAUUCUAACAAUUUUUAAGUCAUGUAAAUAUUGUCAAGAAAAGAUAAUGUAUUCUAGUAUGUACAAAUAAAGGAAAUAAACAACA